CCCCCCCUUUGCUAUCCCACCCUUUCGCCCGACCCGGGCUCCGCCGCCACGCCGCGUCGCCCCGCAGGCGCGAGCACCGGCCUCCUCCAGCGGAAUGGGUGAUCCGUGGCUCGUUUCCGACGAGGAGCUGGACGCGGAGGGGCCGGCACUGCUGGGCGGGGCCCAAGAAGCGGAGCAGGCGGCGCUGCAGGACUUGGAACGGCAGGCGCGGACGGAUGCAGCCGAUGACCACCCGGGCGAGGAGCAGCCGCCAGAGGCACCGGCGCCGGCGCUUGUCUCAGCGAUGGCAGCGAGCGCCGGCGCUCCCUCUCGCGGCGGCCGCCAGCGCGGAGUCGCCAAGAAGCACUUGAAGAAGGCAGCGCCGAAGCCGCGCGGCCGGACGCUCAAGCGGUGGGGCUCAAGCGGUGGGGUUCCGGCGGGGGUGCAGGUGGUGAGUCGCUUGGCCGCGUGGGGCCCGAAGAUAAAGACACCUUGCGUAGUGCACCCAUUGGUCAAACGGGGCGACCGCCACUUCUUCCCGCUGUCCGAGAAUAGUUCAUGGCUGCGGCGGGCCUGCGAUGAGUCUCGCGGCCAGACUCACUGGUCCCGUGGUUUCCAGUACGCGAUCAGCAACCUCAGAGGCGUGCUCAAGGAGGGGAUCUUCUCGAAGACGGACCCGAGGGCUCAGUUGCAGGCUUCCGCGCAGGCCGUGGGCUUCGACGAGGAGGACGGCGCGGAGGAUAACAGGCCUCGGCGGCGCGGCACGCCUUCAAACGUGGACGCCGUGACCGCGCAGCUGGGCGACACAGACCUUUUCGUGAGGGCGCGGGAGAAGCCGUACUUGAUCGAGGCGACGGAGACGUCCAUCAUGGCCGUGAUCAAAUACAUCCAGACAAAGAUGCGCGAGGACAGCACGACGAUCCGGUUGAGGGCGGAUUCGCGGUCCAAGCCAUCAUUCCAGAUCGCUUCGGACGGGUGCCCAGCGAUCGCGGGCAAAAUCACAUGGCACCCCUCUGUCAGGGCGUGGAGCGAGCGCCCACUACAAGACGACCGACAAGGAGGCCAAGAUCAAGAGGCUCGGCGUGAGGGGCCUCGGCAUUGGCGAGGAUUGGGUGAAGAGCAGGAAGGCCGGGUACCGGGAGGCCAUCGUGUUCUGGAACAGAGAGGACAAGAGCACGAGAGAUCGCAUUCCCGUCCCUGACGAGUGAGUUGCUGCGGGCGCCCCAGACCUGAAGUUACCGUGAGGAAAAAUGCAUGGGAUCCCAGACACAUCAAGAAGAAAUGGCACUUCCAUGAGUACAUUACUUUCAUGUUGGCGCGCGUUUGGCGCGCAAAGAUGGUGCGCGAUUUGCUUUAUACGUACCGUGCCAGCUGCGCGAGCCGUGCGCCGACCGCUCUGUGUCAUCAGCCGCGCGCUGGGUACUCAGCUGUCCGGCAGGGCAGAGAGCCGAA